AUGACUGCAAUUGUUAGCAAUUCUUCAGUAGUGCCACCUUCUCGUUUCAAGGAGGCUUCAACUCUUCACUCUUCAACUUGUUCACGAAUUGUGACAACACCGCAUGGAAAUAUAGAACCUCCAGCAGUUGUUGCAGAUAUCAAAGGCACUACAAUGGAACCAGAUCAACUCAUGGCUUGCUCUUGGCUUCAAGCAACAUCAGCGAGCAAAAUAAUUGACCAUUCUGGCUCUGGUCACAAACCAGUCAUCCCUAAGAAUGAACUUCACAGAUGUUCUCUCAACUUCAACCAACAUCCUGACAAACUUUGCACUGAUAUCACGAAUAUUAUGAUCAGAUGUGCAAAGAAAACUAUUCCCCGAGGCAAGACUAAACACAUCAGAGUGUUUUGGUCUAAACACCUUGAAGAACUGAAAAGAAAGCGGGACGCCCUUCGCAACACCUCUAAUCAGCCGGGAAGAACGGAAGACGUAAAAGCCUGGAGACGACAAUCAGCUUCUGUUCUAAGACAAGCCAUCUUACAAGCUAAACGGACUUCCACUAUGGCAAGCCAUCUUGCAAGCUAA